GUUUUCUUAAGCUUCUUCUUUUAGCAUAUAUCCUGUGUUUCCUCCAAUAUUUCUCAUGGAAUCUAUUUCUUGCAAAUGGCUUUUACUUUCAUUUCUUUUAAUUUCAUUGGCAAACUCUGCUUUGGGCGCUGUGGAUGGAGUGAAAGGUGGGAAAGUAAGAGGUGUGAACUUGGGUAAUUGGUUGGUUGUUGAAGGGUGGAUGAAACCUACACUAUUUGAUGGCAUUCCUGAAGGAGAUAUGCUUGACGGAGCAAAGGUUCAGUUCAAAUCACUGAGCUCAAAUAAGUUUGUAAGUGCAAAGGAUGGAGGAGGUUCAGGUGUCUUUGUUGACCAAGACAAUGGCGAUACUUGGGAAACCUUUAGAUUGUGGAGGGUAACCCAAUCGGAAUAUCAGUUUCGUGCUCUAAAAGGACAGUUUCUAUCCUGUACUGGACAAGGAGCCUCUGUCACGGCAACAUCUGGAUCACCGUCUUUGGCAGAAACAUUUACUAUUGAAAGAGCGAGCAAUGAUCGAGUUCGUAUUAAACAUUCUAGCGGUACAUAUCUACGGGCAUCUUCUGGAAAUGAGCUCAAGGCAGACUAUGUUGGGACCCCAGGAUUUGAUGAUGGUAAUGCAGCCAUAUUUGUAAUGACUUUUCAUGGUGGCCGUUUACAAGGGGAGUACCAGCUUUCCAAUGGGCAUGGACCUCAGAAGGCGCAAGAAGUUCUUACUGCACAUAGGAACAAUUACGUUACACGAGAAGACUUUCAGUUUCUUAGCCAACACGGUAUAAACACCGUGAGGAUUCCUGUUGGGUGGUGGAUUACCAAGGAUCCCAAUCCACCAGCUCCUUAUGUUGGGGGAGGUUUGGCAGCUCUAGAUAAUGCAUUCAGAUGGGGAAGGGAGACUGGCAUAAAAUGCAUAAUCGACCUUCAUGCAGUUCCUGGUUCCCAAAACGGAAUGGAUCACAGUUCUAGUCGAGAUGGUUCUAUUGACUGGAUGGAGUCAGACAAUAUCCCGCGAACCCUUGAAGCUAUAGAAUUCCUAGCUUCCAAGUACGGAAAGGAUCCUGCUCUAUUGGGAAUUGAACUUUUGAAUGAACCAAAUGCUCCUAAAAUAUCUCCCGAUGUCUUAAAGAAGUACUACAAAGACGGAUAUGACAUUGUGAGGAAACAUUCGGACACAGCUUAUGUAAUAAUGUGUCAGAGGAUUGGCGAGGGUUCAAAACCGAAGGGACUUUAUAAUGCCAUCGCCAACAUGGGUUUAUCAAACGUUGUGUUUGAUCUGCAUUACUACAAUCUCUUUUAUGACCCAUUGUUUAAAAAUAUGAGCCCACAGCAGAACAUCAAUUACAUAUACAACGACAGGAAAGCUGACAUUGAAUACAUAAACACUGCUAAUGGACCACUGCUGUUUAUUGGGGAGUGGGUGAAUGAAUGGGAAUUUAAAGGCGGGACGCAGGAGGAUUACCAAAAAUUCGGUCAAGCACAGUUAGAUGUGUAUGGCUCAACUUCUUUUGGAUGGGCAUAUUGGUCACUCAAGAAUGCUGAUAAGGAACAUUGGUCUCUCAAGUGGAACAUCAAUCACAAUUACCUGCAGUUAUAGGUGCACACUUUGUCGUAUAAGCAAUUUCCGGCUACUCUGUUGGCGUGUAGUCACAUAAGUGUAUGGUCGGGACCCUUUUGAAUAAGAAUAAAUAAACUCUACAAUGUAAUCAGUUAGUUCCCUUAAGGAUUUUGCUUCCAUGUAUUAAUAAUUGAUAUUGUAUUGAAUAAUUCAAGUACUCCACAUGUAAGCGAGCACAGUUGAGGCUACUAGCUAUGAUGUUAUUCUGUUUUUCUAUUCAAUCAAAUAUUGAAUUAUACUUGUGAUUU